UUUAUAUAUUUUUUAGACACUUUUUGGCUUUUUUCUUUACUGAUUCUGCCACCCUGGGCUGGGUAGGGCAGCUGAUAUGUGCAGCUGGAGGGUGAUGGAGGUUGCACUCGUAAACUUUGAGAACACCGAUGAUAUCGAAAUUGGGAUGGGUGAUUCUGGGGAUCCAGAGUACUCUGGCUACAUGAGUGAGAAGACGGCUCUAACCACUAGCAUCCCGGAUCAGAGCCAUGGAAACAACCAUUUACCUAACCAGCAACCUCAGUCAUCACAAACCACCCAGUCAAGGAGGGGACGACCCAGCAGCGCCAGCCUCAUGUCCAACUGGAAACUUCUCUUAAAUAGUGAAGUCACACAAAAUGAAACCAUCUUUAGCAGACUGGCCAAGGAGUGUGGUGAAGACUUCCUAGACAAGGGUGGGUUGGAUGAUGGAGAUCAGAAAGUCAUUAUCAACAUUGCUGGCUUGCGUUUUGAGACACAACUCAAAACUCUAGACCAGUUCCCAGAGACCCUGCUUGGAGACCCCCAAAAAAGGAUGGAGUACUUUGACCCCAUGAGAAACGAAUACUUCUUUGACCGCAACCGACCCAGUUUUGAUGGAAUUCUAUACUAUUAUCAAUCUGGGGGGAAAAUUCGCAGACCUGCCAAUGUCCCAAUAGAUGUUUUUGCAGAUGAAAUAAUUUUCUAUGAGUUAGGUAAUGAAGCCAUGGAUCAAUUCCGGGAAGAUGAAGGUUUCAUCAAAGAUGUAGAGGUAGCUUUACCCACCAAUGAGAUUUAUCGUCAGUUUUGGCUCCUGUUUGAGUACCCGGAGAGCUCGAAUGCAGCCAGGGCUGUUGCUUUGGUGUCUGUUUUUGUCAUUAUUAUUUCUAUAGUGAUCUUCUGCCUGGAGACCCUCCCCGAGUUCCGUGAAGAUCUGGAGUUUAUACCCAGAGUUGUGCAGUUGCUCAAUCAGACCCAGGAGGAGUCUACCUCUGCUCCGUUCCCCAGUCCCACUCCUAAAACCAUCUCAAAGGCUUUGUCAGAUCCAUUCUUUGUCAUCGAAACAGCAUGCAUCGUCUGGUUUUUCUUUGAACUUUGUGUGCGCUUUCUGGUCUGCCCCAGCAGGCAGGAGUUCUUCCGCAACAUCAUGAACAUCAUUGAUAUUAUUUCCAUCAUCCCAUACUUUGUCACCCUCAUCACAGAACUUCUAACAGAUCCAGAUACCAGUGCAGGUCAAAACAUGUCCCUUGCUAUUCUUCGCAUUAUCAGACUGGUUAGAGUCUUCCGUAUCUUCAAGCUGUCACGACACUCCAAGGGGCUUCAGAUUUUAGGACAGACCCUAAAGGCCAGCAUGAGGGAGCUGGGUUUGCUUAUCUUCUUCCUCUUUAUUGGAGUUAUUCUUUUCUCCAGCGCUGCCUACUUUGCUGAAGUAGACGAGCCCCAGACUCAGUUUACCAGCAUCCCUGAAGGCUUCUGGUGGGCUGUGGUUACUAUGACCACAGUGGGUUAUGGUGACAUGUGCCCCAUAACUUUGGGGGGUAAGAUGGUGGGCACCCUGUGUGCCAUUGCUGGUGUUUUGACCAUUGCUCUGCCUGUUCCUGUCAUUGUCUCCAACUUCAAUUAUUUCUACCAUCGCGAGACAGAGAAUGAGGACAAACCAUCCCUUCCUUCUGAGCUAGAAGCCUCCCUGAAAUCAUCCGUGACCGCCAAGCAAGGGAGCACCACCUCCCUCAAUAAACCCAACGGCACCUGGAUGAAUGAUAAAUCUAAAAAUGGCAAACCAUGAUUAACACUCUGUGGAUGUCUG